GUGAAGCCGGUGUCGGUGAGGUGUACGUGACGCCAUUUUAACGUGACCGCGGUGACAGAGAGAGAACUCUCCAGAAGGCUCGUUUUUUUACAAGUUGAAUUCACUCAAGAGACGUUUCUUUUCUAACACGUGACAAAUCUCUGAGGAAGGAUGGGGAACGUCUUUGCCAAUCUCUUCAAAGGCCUGUUUGGGAAGAAGGAGAUGAGGAUCCUGAUGGUGGGUCUGGACGCCGCUGGCAAAACCACCAUCCUGUACAAACUCAAGCUGGGCGAGAUUGUCACCACCAUCCCUACAAUCGGUUUUAACGUGGAGACGGUGGAGUAUAAGAAUAUCAGUUUCACAGUGUGGGACGUGGGCGGUCAGGACAAAAUCAGACCCCUGUGGAGACACUACUUUCAGAACACACAAGGAUUGAUCUUUGUGGUGGACAGCAAUGACAGAGAGCGAGUAAACGAAGCGAGGGAGGAGCUGACACGGAUGCUGGCGGAAGACGAACUGCGCGAUGCUGUUCUCCUCGUUUUCGCAAACAAGCAGGACCUGCCCAAUGCGAUGAACGCGGCCGAGAUCACGGACAAGCUUGGGCUUCACGCGCUGCGCCACCGCAACUGGUACAUCCAGGCCACGUGCGCGACCAGCGGGGACGGCCUGUACGAGGGCCUCGACUGGCUCUCCAACCAGCUGAAGAACCAGAAAUGAACCAUUCCACCCUUCCUCAGACCAGUGUGUGUGUGCGCGCGCGUGUGUGUGUGAGAGAGAGGGAGGUGUUGCCCUUGCCUAAACCUUGAAUGGUCUCAGUAUAUUUUUAUCCCCACAGAGAGCAAGAGUGAGUGUGUGUGUGUCAUUUUACCAACGUUUGUGUGUGUGUGUGUGUGUGUGUCUGUGUGUGUUAGACUCGAAUGCCCCAUUCAGCACAAACCUCAACGCUCUGAAGUCCUUCAUAAGGGUUUAGGCUUCACUGCCUCCUGUGUGUGUGUGUGUGUGUGUGUGUGUGUGUGUGUGUGUGUGUGUGUGUGUAUGUGCGUGCGUGUGUGUGUGUGUGUGUGAGAGACUGAGAAAAUGUGCAAGAGUUUACUUAAAGUGUGUGUAUGAGAGAGAGAGAGAAUGUGUGUGUCUGCUUGGACCAUAGAUAUACACGUUCUUACCCUGCGUUCAUUCUAGCAAGUGUCCCGCGGCUGCUUAUUUCACGUUUGCACGUGACGCGUCGCCCGGUCCCGUGUCUCACGUGUUGGUCCGGCGUUCUUCACUCAUACCUUCAGUUCCUACCUGACUUGUACAGUUAUCUUGCUUUCUGAAUUUGACGCUAAAAUCUAACGGACGGUUUUUAACACGGAUGAGCACGCAAACCUUUCGAGUUCCCUUUCGAAACAGUUAUAAAGUAUGCAGGUCAGGCCACGCCUACAAGAAACUCAAACGUGCUAGUAUGAACGCGGAGGGGCAGAGAUACGUGAUGACGCCCUUUAUGUACACCGCCACCACCAGGGUCUUUGGGGUGGGGUGUAGUUUUAGUGUUACGUGACAUUUCAUUUCAUCUUCUAGAAACACGUGAGAGAGAGAGAUGUUAGCUUGCGCAUGCAUGUAGUUUACUGCUAGCUAAGCCGCUUUUCAUUGUUAACAGGUCAGCUUGUCGGAUUCGUGUAACAUUAUUUAUUUGUUUAAGGUCAGUCGAAGAGAGGGUAACGUAUAGGGGCGGCGGCUUCAGUGGUGUCGUCUCGAAUGUGUAUCUCUAAAGCUCAGAAUGAGAACGGACCCCGGCGUGCCUUUCUCUCCAUCUCUCUCUCACUGUCUCUCUCAUUCUCACACGCACACACACACACACACACACACACGCACUCUGCUCCUCCGGUCAGAAUAAUUCUUUUUUUUUUUUUUUUUAAGUUGAUUUCAGACAGCGGAGGAGGAAUGGUUUUGCGACGUGCAUGACGAUACUGCUCUGUCCUUUUGAGAAAGUAUGAAGAAGUACUCUCUGACAUUUAUAAGUCUGUUUCUUUAGUGUGUCGUCUGAUCUGUACGUCACAUGAUCAAUGAUCGCUAAGCCUGCUACUUGGCACGAUACCAGAUACGGCUAACGACAAAACGAUGUUUAAUCAGAGCGGUUUGUUAGCAGUCACGGUGUCUGUAUGUUUGUGUGUGAGAGAGAGAGAGAGAGUGAGUUGUGUGUCCUGACAGGGUGUGUGUAAAGCAGUAUUUGCGAGCAGGAUUGUUUGGUUUACGACAAUAACUGUAUAAAAAAAAUCCACCACUGGCGUUUGAGGCGUGUAGAACACGGGGCCAGACGUUCUUCUCUACGGGUGCACGUUCGUUCUGUCCAAAUCAUGAAGAAGCCCUGGUAUGCUUGUGUGUGUUUGUGUGUGUGUGUGUGUGUGGCUUAGCAGGAACGGCAUUGUAACCUGUAUCAGGUUGGGAAGAUCAUUUUUUUUCCAUCCUUGAUUGUCCUUUAUUUAAAAGAAAAAAAAGAUAAUAAUCACAUUUCCCCUCCCUCCCGCCUCUCCUCCGGUUUUAGUUUUCGGUCCUGACCGGGUGAAGGAUAAGAGACCAGACGGAAGAGUGUGUCCGGGUUCUUGACUGUACACUACCUUACCUUUCAACCGAGCACAAUCACUGCUACAUUCCCCUCUCCUUGUACUUUUGGACUUGAUUUAAAUUAAAUAAUAAAUAAAAUAAAUAAACCCUUUGAUCA